GAGAAGGAAUUGAAAGUCAAGAAAAACUAGAUAAUGAUGAAAAUAAUGAUAACAAUAAUAGUGAGAAUGAUGAUAACAAUAAUAAUGAAAACUAUGGUAAAAAGGAUAGUGAAAACAAUAAUGAAAACAAUAGUGAAAAUGAUAGUAAUGAUAACAGUAAAAACAAUAGAAAAAGAGAAGAAUAUAAAGGUAUUAAUAAAAAUAAAAGUGGUUUAGUUUUUGAUAAUUACUAUGAAGAAG